AAUUUUCUUAAACCCACACGUGGUACGAAGAACAAUCGUCAUAUAUAUUUUGUAUUGAAUCCUAAAGACAUCUCUAUAUUAUUUAUCUUCCGCUAGUUUAGACAAUGGUUUGGGUUCUGUCUCCCGCCGAUCCUCUCUCAGGUGAAGAUAAAUACUAUAUCUUUACUAAGGGAACAUACAAAGUCGGUCGAAAAGGUUGUGAUGUGAUUAUUACCAAAGACAAAGGAGUUUCUCGAAUCCAUGCAGAGAUAGUUGUUGAUCAAAUGAUUUCACUGAACCCCAUGCAGAACAAGCAUGAACAAUCCUCCAAAGUACAAAUUAGAGAUUGUUCGAAGUAUGGGACGUUUAUUUACAAGAAUCCUGGAUCAAAGGAAAAGGUCCAAGAGUUCCCAAAUAAAGAAACAAUGUUAAAAGAUGGGGACUUGGUAUCUUUUGGGACUGGCAAUGCAACUUACAGGUUCUCUUUCGUCCCCCUCAUUUUUUUUGUCUCUUGUUCUGAGUCCUUUCAAGUUCUUCAAGACAAAGUUUCAUCAAUUGGUGCUCGUAUUACUUACCAAUUGAGUGAAGAGUGCACGCAUGUACUUGUUGAUCACCAAAUGGAAGUGACUAAGGAUGUUAUUGAUGCUAUUUUGGCUAAGAAACCUGUUAUUCUCUGGAGUUGGGCUGAGUUGGUUGCAGAACAAGGCAUUCGGUCAGAGAUUCCAAGCUGGAGUUCCCAUGUUCCAACAUUAACAGUGAAAGGAGCACCUGUCAAAGUUGCAGACUCAAUAACUCGUGCAAACUGUUUAAAAGGAUACACUUUCCUACUGGAAUCAGUAAAUAUGUACAAGUUUGGGGAUAGGUUGCGGUCUCUCUUGGAAUUGGGUGGUGCAAAAGUUAUUUUCAUUGAAGAAUUUUGUUCAAGCAGCCAAGGCUUGGAUUAUGGAGAAAAUCUUCGAAUGGUGUGUGUUAUCCCUCAAGGAUCAACAGACAAGUUUGGUCAUUUCAGCAAACUGAGUUCGUUGUCUAGAGUGAAUGAAGUGGAUGUCUUAUGUGCUGUUGUAUCUGGCUAUUUAGAUUCUUCUAUGUUGAUAUUGCCAACUGUGCUUGUUUCAUCAUCAUGUUCCACGGAUGAGACAGUAGUAGCAGAUUCUGAUGAAGAAGUGGAAACAACAUCAGUUCAUGCCACUGCCAAUAUCUGCAAAGAAGAAGCCCCUAAAUGUGGGAACAAAGUGGAAAUCUCCACAUUUCAGCACCCUCCUAUUAAAUUGGGGGAUACCCAUGUUGCUAGCACUACGGGCAAUCAUGGUGAGAUGUUGGGAAAAAGGGAGAAGGUGGAUGAGCCUGAAAGCACGAAUUCUGAUAUUAUUUACAGCCAAGAUUUAAUUGUUAGAGAUUGGCAUGUACCAGCUACAACCAGGUCUACCACAAAUGACGGAGUUUUAAAUUUCAAGCGCUUCAAAAAGAAAAAUACUCAAUCAGGGAAUAGCUUCAACAGCCUGAUUCCAUUCUCAAAACACCCGUACAAAGACUCUGACUAUGGGAAUCAGGAGAUGGUUGACUCUGUGAAAGAAGAGAGGAAGCGGAAGCAAAUGGAAGCUGUUGCAGAGGAUUUAUUUAACAACGAGAAGGGAAGACGGCGUGGUGUUGCUGGUUCUAUUCGUUCAAUUCUUUCUCGGGGGUGACAUUGGGUAUGCAGAAAUAGUUAGAUAAUGUCCUCUUUAUGUACAAAUGGCUUGAUAAAAUUCUGUAAAUGGCUUGACUUUUGUAUUUUGAUAUGUUCCAAUUUUAGUCAGUAGCAUUGGCUCCACUUGUUUCUUCACCCUCCAAUUUUUAUUGCUAAUUUGGAAACAUACACCCUAAAACUAGUGGCAGCUCCCUUGAUUUCUGGGGUUUUGGGCUGCCUCUUGAUGAAGGGUGGAGGACCUUCCAAUUAGAAAAUUGGGAAGGGGCAUAGACUUUUAUAAAUUAGUUCAUGUUGAUGGUGGUGGGGGCAGAAUUUGGAUACAUAUGAUGUUAAAGGUUGGUUGCCAUCUAAGUUCCUAAUGUGUAUAAAAUGUUAUAAUAUUUCUAAAA